AUGCAGUUGGGAGAAGGUUUUAUUACUCAUACCUUUGGGCUUGAAAGGGAGUUAAGGAUGAGGAGGAACACCUUGGUUGCCCUUGUCACUUGGCUCAUGGUGGUGGCCUUCUUUGUGGCCACUGCAACUGCUGCUGCACAAAUGAAGGCUAUGGAGCAUGAGAUCGAUUCGCUGCCAUGCAGGUGCUGCUGGAUUGUACGGCCAGGAGUAUGCGGGCAUUCCUGCUGUGGGGAUAACUGCUGCCCAUAGACAUCAAUCAGGGUUAUUGCCUUCCCUGGCAUUUCAACUCUGAUCUUCUUCAAAUAUGGGACCUGAAAAAUGUGACGGAGCAAUCAUGAGUUUCUAAAAUAAAAGGAAGGCAUUUAGUCACUGAAAACUCUGUAUUUCAUAAUAUCAGUGUUUCUGAUGUACUAAAUAAAAGUUCUCUGCUACAGAUAGAAAGAACUGUUGCCCUUUACUCG